AUGGCCAGAUCAAAGAGAGGGGGGAAGUCCCCUAUGAAGAACGCAAAUGGCCAGCUCAGCGGCUCCGAGGGCCGCCGGUCCAGCUUCAGCGACAAGAGCGAAGAGGGGUCCCCAACAAGAACCAGGGCACAGGCUCAAGCCAAGCUGGCAGCCGUACAAGAGAAACCCGCGACUGCCGCCGAGAAGCAGGCCGAAUAUGAAAAGAAAAAGGCCAAUUUCUGGACACGGACAUUCUGGACUCUCGUCAUGAUAUCUGGCUUCUUUGGCGCGCUGUUCAUGGGGCACAUCUACAUGAUCGCCAUUGUUACCGCUGUCCAAAUCAUCUCUUUCAAGGAAGUCAUCGCCAUCGCCAAUGUUCCCAGCCGCGCCAGAUCGCUGCGCUCCACCAAGAGCUUGAACUGGUACUUCCUUGCGUCCACCAUGUAUUUCCUCUACGGCGAGAGCGUCAUCUACUACUUUAAGCACAUUGUUCUUGUAGACAAGGUUCUUUUGCCUCUGGCCACCCACCACCGCUUCAUCAGCUUCGUGCUCUACGUCUUUGGCUUCGUCUACUUUGUCGCUUCGCUUCAAGCCGGACACUACAAGUUCCAGUUCACCAACUUUGCUUGGACUCACAUGGCUCUGUAUCUUAUCGUCGUCCAGGCCCAUUUUGUCAUGAACAACAUCUUUGAGGGAAUGAUUUGGUUUUUCCUACCGGCGGCCCUAGUCAUCACCAACGACAUCUUUGCCUACAUCUGUGGUAUUGCUUUUGGCCGUACGCAGCUCAUCAAGCUUUCGCCAAAAAAGACUGUCGAGGGAUUCGUCGGCGCAUGGAUCAUGACCAUCAUCUUCUCCUUUUUGCUCGUCAACAUUUUGAUGCGCUCCAAGUACUUCAUUUGCCCUGUCAACGACCUUGGCGCCAAUGUCUUCUCUGGACUCAAGUGCGACGUGAAUCCCGUCUUCCUCCCACGCACCUACAAGCUUCCCGAGUUCUUCUUCCUCCCCCCAAACACCAACUUCUCUCUCACCUUUGCGCCGAUGCAGCUGCACGCCCUGGCCCUGGCUACCUUUGCGUCUCUCAUCGCUCCCUUCGGCGGCUUCUUCGCUUCUGGUCUCAAGCGCACCUUCAAGAUUAAGGACUUUGGCGAUUCCAUCCCCGGACACGGUGGCAUGACGGACCGUAUGGACUGUCAGUUCAUCAUGGGUUUCUUCGCCUACAUGUAUUUCCACACCUUCAUCGAGGUCCACAAAGUCACUCUUGGUAGCGUCCUGGAGACUGCCAUUACCAGCCUCAACCCCGAGGAGCAGGUUGAGCUGGUCAAGAGCAUGUGCCGAUAUCUGAGCAACCAGGGCAUUAUGCCCGAAGAGGUGCGUCUCUACUAA